AUGGUGGACAACCUGGGUAGUCGUGGCCAUGCGAAGCUCGUCGACCAUCCAUCGCCGGUGAAGGCGUCAGAGUUCUUCUUACCCGCCGGCGAUACUGACUCCGAAGCCGAAGAGGUCUUCUCUGAAGGUGAGGAUACAUUCACAGCAUCAUAUUCGUCAUCUACCGAUAAGAAGAGAGUGCGCCACCUAAUCAAGGACAUCGGCGGCACCGUGGAGUUUAACCCGCAGUCAGAGAAAGAAUUUGAUGAGACUCUGACGAAGUGGAAGCGGGUUGCGUCAUCAAUGCUUUACCUACCAUCGGAACUCAAGGAGGUCAUCAUCCUCAAGUCAACCCCCAACAAUCAAGAUAGGAUUGCCCGGAAGAAGCUAAUGCUCUUGUCCUACCAAGAAUUCGUAGAUGCAUAUGCUACCACGCUGUUCCCCUUCAGUGACGAGAUCAAUGUGGUGUGUCAACAACUACAAACGCAGGACCGGGGAGUAGAUUCAAUCAAGGUCAUCGAAGACUUUCUGCUCCUGAAGGCUAGGUUCAGGGCGUUGUGUCGUCGCUGGAAACAAACAUCCAGAUAUCAGUCGCUGGACUACUCCUACUGCUUGUUGCGGAAAGUCGACCAAGAGAUAGAGAUAAAGAUCCGUAGUGAUGUAAGUUAUCGGAAGUGCACCUUGUCUGAGGUUAUAGAGAGGAUCAAGGCCAUUGAGAGGGCUGAACAACUUCGGCAUGACCGGGAUCCUGUGCUGGGGUCAGUGCAAGACUCGAGCCCUUGGGCGAUGCCGGCUGCAGAAGUGGGCACGGGUAAACUGUGCAAGUGGUGCCAGUCCCCUGAACACGUGAGCUUCAAGUGUCUCAACAAGCCCAUCUGCUCCAACUGCCAAAGGCCUGGCCACCUGCCGCAAGACUGUUGGCAAAUCACCAGGAAAGGACCUUUGGGUGAGCGUCACGCCUACCUACGUCGAGAACCCGGUGGUUCGUUCAAGCUUAACAUCGAGGACAUCCGCAACAAUCGCCAGCUGCUGCAGACAUUGGCUAAUAUGUACAACGAGAAGUACGAAAAGGAAACGAGGUACUACGACCACGCCAAGCAGCGACGGGAUAGGAAGCGGAGUCACCCGAGCCCGCCAGUUGAAGGGCGUGCCAACUAUCCAGACCAGGUGAUGGCCCAAGAACCACCCACAGGAGCGGGAAAGGCUGUAACGGAGGAGUGCUCUCUGUCCGCUGUUCAGGGAGUGAAUAGGUUAAAUUGCCGUCAUGUCCAGCUACCGGUUGCGGGAAGACUCGUACCGUUCAUGGUUGACACGGGAGCCGAGAUCAACAUCUUCCCGGACGCGCUGCUCAAGCGCAUGGAUGCCCAGAGCCAGUCUACGGUUACGGAACUCGAUGCGCCAUUCCAGAUUAAAGGCGUCUGCGGCACCUCUAGGUGUGAUUCGCAAGUAACCGUUACCACGUCCAUUGGGGGUCGACCAAUCGACAUCAGUCUCUACGUGAUACCUUCAGGUGCCAUGACGCAGCCGUUACUCGGCCUUCCAGCUCUGCAACAACUGGAUGCUUCUAUCGAUCUCAAGAAUGAUAAACUAAUCACGCAGUUUGGGGAACUCCCCCUGAUCCAAGACCCGAACUUCGUGGAUUGUAGCUCCCGGCUCAACGCUCUUCAGGAAGCAGAAGAAACGUUCACGAUUGAGCAGAUCAGAGAACGCAUCAAUCCCGAACUUUCCGCGGUCCAGAAGGAGGAUAUUGCAAAUAUGUUGCUUCACUACGACAAGACUUGGCGACUAACGAAGCUGGGGCAGUGUCAGUUGCUCGAACAUGCCAUCGACACCGGUGAUCAUCCACCAGUUAAGCAAGGCAUGCGAAGGUACUCACCAGAACAGAAGGAAGAAAUCAAUAGACAAGUUCAGGACUUACUGUCAGUCGGUGCAGUCGAGGAGUCCAUCAGUCCGUGGCGUUCACAGAUCGUCAUGGUUCCUAAAAAAACCGGGGAGUGGCGCAUGUGUGUGGAUUACCGAGCUCUAAAUGAGGUCACGGUACCAGACACCUUCCCCUUGCCGGUGAUCGAAGACCUUCAUGAUCAUUUAGGCGGGGUCGAACACGUCAUGACACUCGACCUGAAAGCUGGUUUCCAUCAGAUCCGAAUCAAGGAAGGGGAUAAGGCCAAAACUGCCUUUGCUACACCAACGGGACUCUAUCAGUUCAAUGUGAUGCCUUUCGGGUUGAUCAAUGCCCCCGCUACCUUCCAAAGGAUGACGACCAAGCUACUCGAGGAUCGCCUAGGAAAGGGCUGUCUCGUCUACAUUGACGAUAUCAUAAUUUAUGGCACUUCAUGGCCUGUACUGAUGAACAACUUCGAGUGGGUUCUUCAACAACUGCUCCGUCAUCAGAUCUACCUCAACAUCCGGAAGAGUCACUUCGGACUCUCCGAAUUCGAUUAUCUCGGCGUAACCAUUCGCAAAGGAAAGAUCUACCCUUCAAAGAAGUCCAUCGAGACCAUCCGGAAGCUCACCCCUCCCGAAGACGUGAACGGCGUGAGACGAUUCUUAGGCCUGGUCGGAUAUCUACGCAAGUUCAUCCGGGACUACGCCACCCUGGUGAAACCCAUCCAGGAGCUUGUUACGCUCGACGAGUUCAACUGGUCCGAUCAGUGCCAGAAAGGUUUCGAAGCUGUGAGGCGCGCGCUCGUCGAAGCUCAACUAUCCCUUCACCUCCCACGACCUGGUCUACCGUUCUGCCUGGACACGGACGCAUCCACCUACGCAAUUGCUGGUGUCCUCCAGCAGACCGUUGAUAACAAGAUGCAUGUCCUUCAAUUCGCGUCUAAGAAGUUAACCGCAGCUGAGUCUAAAUGGCCAAUCUACGAACUCGAGGCCUACGCCAUUGUCUGGUCCAUCUUCCACUUCGCUCAUUACCUGCGUGGCAGAGAGUUCAUCGUCAGGACGGACCACCAGAGUCUCAAGUGGCUUUGGAGUACGGAGAAGUCGAGAAUCGCUAGAUGGGCCAUGUUCUUGCAAGAAUUUCAAUUCAAGAUCAUCUACAGAGCCGGAAAGACUCAACAGCACGUAGACAUCUUCACUCGAGAUAUCGAGUUCAGCCCACUGGACGAGCAGAUCGACGCAAGAUGGGCUUUGGUGUGUCACACGGACGUGCAACCGUCCAUGCUGACUCUCAAUGAAACUUUCCCUACACCCGAGGACCUAGCUGCUGCAUUCGAACGGGAACCCGAGCCGAUCUUCUCAUACACACUUCAAAAUGGCUUGCCCGUCGUGAAUAAUCGUGUCUACGUUCCUGAGGUGCUGCGACGGCGAAUCAUAUUCUACUUCCACUUCUCGCGCGUCGGAGCUCAUCAAGGUAUCCAACGCUCCUACCACCGACUUUCAAAGUAUUUCUGGUGGCCAAACAUGUUCAAUGACGUUCGGCAGUUCGCCAAGCAAUGUCUCACCUGUAUCCGCAGACGUCACACUGCAAUCGACUUCGUCCGAGGAAACCUACUGUCAACAGGGAUGUUCGAGGUCGUUGCGUGCGACACUGUGGGCCCUAUCUGGUUCCGAGAGAAGCAGCAUUACAUCUUCACCUGUAUCGACCACUUCAGCAAAUUCGCCAUUGCCGUUCCACUCUCGACGAUUCGAGCCGUCGACCUGUGGGAGGCAUUCUACUGCAACUGGGUUUCGGUCCUCGGCACUCCCAGGAACCUAUUGAGCGACAACGCGUUCCGUGCAGAGGAGUUCCGCGAGCGUUGCCUGGGCCUCGGAAUAAACUGUCUAUUCUGCUCAACCUACUACCCGCGUGGGAACGGGGUCGUCGAGGCCUUCCACCAGUACCUGAAUCGUUCUGUAAGCGCAUUCACAUCAACCACAGAUUGGAGUUUCAAUGAGAUCGUCGCAUCUUCCAUGCUGGCCUAUCGCUCUACGCCACAUCCGACUACCGGUGAAUCUCCCUACCGUAUCAUCACCGGGGCCGACCUGGUCCUACCACACUUUCAAGAGUGGCACAAAUUCGAGAACCUUAUCACCGAUGUCAUCCCUCGCCUGAAACUCCUCAACACGUUUCGGCAGGAUGCACUCAACCACACCCUAGCGUCAGUCAGCAAGGGUCGUCCCCCAGUCAAGAAAGACGUCGAUGUAGGAGACACGGUUGUAAUCCUACUACGGGGCAAACUCCUCCAUGAUCUUCAGCGACGGUUUGGAGCCGCAAAACUUCUGCCCACCUGGUCAGAACCCUGUCGCGUCACGGCGAUCAAAGACAACAAGGUCGUCUCGCAAUCGGUGUGGCACACCCACCUAACCUACGAGGCUCCCCUAUCCGAAGUCAUGAAGAUCACCCGCUUGCCCGUGGAUCUACGGGCCCUGACCAUCCGUGAGAUUGAGGCCGACCAUGUCCAACAUAAGCCCCCAGGCGCGGACUCUCUACGACGUGCGAACCCGUACGAGAAGAAACCACGGAUACCACGAGGACCUCACACCAGGUCGAGACCGGCAAUCCGACCGUUCGCCGGAAGAAGGAAGUCCUCCAUAGACAGACUGCUGGUGAACAAUACGGGAAACUCAAGACUACACUUCGCCUUGGUACCCCGCGACGCUUAA